AUGUCCCACGCCCCUCCCCCUCCACGCCUUAUCACCUGCUGCCGGGACAGCGGCAGCGCGGUCCUCCGGCUGGCUGGGCUGUGGGGCGCUCUGGGGCGGGGUGGGAGGGAGCCAGGCAGCCUGCUGGAGAGCGAGAGCAAGCUGGCGAGCCAGGGACGAGGGAGGAUGGCAGCUCGGGCCCAGGGCCCGCCGAGGGGCUGGCAGCUCUCGCUGCCGCUGCCGCUGCUGCUGCUGCUGCUGCUAGCGGCGCUGGCCGGGGACCGCGCUGCUGCCUCCAAGCUGAACAUACCCAAAGUGCUGCUACCCUUCACGCGGGGCACCCGCAUCAACUUCACACUGGAGGCCUCGGAGGGCUGCUACCGCUGGUCAUCUACCAGACCAGAAGUGGCCAGUAUUGAACCUGUGGAUCUGGAUGAACGGCAAUGCUCUCAAAAGGCAGUUGUGCAGGCCCGCCUAUCACAGCCUACUCGUCUCACUAGCAUCAUCUUUGCAGAAGAUAUAAUGACUGGCCAGGUUCUACGCUGUGAUGCUAUUGUGGACAUCAUCCAUGGCAUUCAGAUUGUCUCCACCACCCGAGAACUCUACCUUGAAGACUCUCCUUUGGAACUGAAAAUUCAGGCUCUGGAUUCAGAAGGAAACACAUUUAGCACUUUGGCUGGGCUGGUUUUUGAUUGGACAAUAGUAAAGGAUACGGAAGCCGAUGGUUUCUCAGACUCUCAUAAUGCUCUCAGGAUUCUGAAGUUUUUGGAAUCUACUUACAUACCUCCUUCCUACAUAUCAGAGAUGGAGAAAGUGGCCAAGCAAGGAGAUACAAUUUUAGUGUCCGGAAUGAAGACAGGGAGUUCCAAGUUGAAAGCACGGAUUCAAGAAGUGGUGUAUAAGAAUGUCCAUCCUGCAGAAGUCAGGCUGCUAAUUUUGGAGAACAUCCUUCUGAACCCAGCUUAUGACAUUUAUCUGCUGGUGGGGACCUCUAUUCACUACAAAGUCCAGAAAAUCAGGCAAGGAAAAAUUACAGAAUUAAUGAUGCCUUCUGAUCAGUAUGAACUGCAGCUCCAGAAUAACAUACUUGGCCCCGAGGGAGAUCCAGUGCGGCCUGUUGCCAAGCUGAUUCAGACGACAUCAACAGUCACUGCAUUGCAGCAGGGGCAGACUAACCUGGUGCUGGGACACAAAAGCAUUCGUAUGCAGGGUGCUUCCAGAUUACCCAACAGCACCAUUUAUGUUGUGGAACCUGGAUACUUGGGCUUCACAAUUCAUCCUGGGGACAGAUGGGUCCUUGAAACUGGCCGAUUUUAUGAAAUCACCAUUGAGGUGUAUGAUAAAUCAAGUAACAAGGUGUAUUUAUCAGAUAAUAUCAGAAUUGAUACCGUAUUGCCUCAGGAGUAUUUUGAGGUGCUUAAGUCAUCCCAGAAUGGUUCAUACCAUCAGGUUAAGGCAAUAAAAAAGGGACAGACAGUGAUUGAUGCAGCCCUCACCUCUGUGGUGGAUCAGGAUGGAGGUGUCCACACAUUACCAGUGCCUGUCCGGAAUCAACAGGAGGUUGAAAUUUAUGUUCCCAUCACCCUUUCACCAAGCAUCCUGACUUUUCCAUGGCAGCCCAAAACAGGAGCCUAUCAAUACACAAUAAAGGCUCAUGGUGGGAGUGGGAACUUCACCUGGUCCUCAUCAAGCCACAUGGUAGCCACAGUCACAGUCAAGGGUGUGAUGACUACCAGCAGUGACAUUGGUGUCAGCGUCAUCCAGGCACAUGAUGUGCAGAAUCCCUUACAUUACGGAGACAUGAAGGUAUAUGUAAUAGAGCCCAGCAGCAUGGAGUUCAUACCCUGCCAGGUAGAAGCUCGGGUGGGCCAAACCCUGGAGCUUCCCCUGAGGAUCAAUGGUCUCAUGCCAGGGGAAGUUAAUGAGGUGGUGACUCUGAGUGACUGUUCACACUUUGACCUGAUGGUGGAUGUGGAGAAUCAAGGGGUAUUCCAGCCACUCCCAGGGAGGCUUAAGCCAGGGGCAGAUUAUUGCAGUGGUGUCCGGGUCCGAGCUGAAAUCCAGGGGUAUACCACACUCCUUGUGAGUUACAAACAUGGUCACAUUCACCUGAGUGCCAAGAUCACCAUUGCCGCCUACCUCCCUCUGAAGACUAUUGAUCCCUCUUCUGUGGCUUUGGUGACACUGGGUUCUUCCAAAGAGAUGUUAUUUGAAGGGGGCCCUAAGCCCUGGGUCCUAGAGCCUUCUAAAUUCUUCCGAAACAUCACCUCAGAAGACACUGAGAGCAUCGGUCUAUCCCUGUUUGGUCCCCCUGCAUCCCGGAACUACUUGCAGCAUUGGAUCCGAGUGACCUGUAAAUCCUUGGGAGAACAGGUCAUUGCUCUUACAGUUGGAAAUAAGCCCAGUGUCACCAACCCCUUCCCAGCCACAGAGCCGGCCGUAGUGAAGUUUAUCUGUGCCCCGCCUUCAAGACUAACCCUCACACCUGUCUAUGCUAGUCCUCAGCUGGAUCUGUCCUGCCCUUUGAUGCAACAGAACAAACAAGUGGUGCCUGUUUCAAAUUAUCGAAACCCUGACCUAGACUUGGCUGCUUAUGAUCAACAAGGCCGUCGAUUUGACAACUUCAGUUCCCUGAACAUCAAAUGGGAGUCCACCAAGCCCUCUCUGGCAAGCAUUGAGCCCAGUCUACCAAUGCAACUGAUGAAGGAUGAUGGGAGUGGUCAAAAGAAGCUUCAUGGCUUGCAGACUGUCUCAGUUUACCAUGAAUCAGGAACCACUGCGAUUUCUGCUACAGCUGCUGGCUACCAUCGCUCUCAUCUCAGUGUGGCCAAAAUACAGCUACCGUAUGAACCUCUCAUGCCCAUCUCGGCAACCAUUGAGCUAAUUCUUGUGGAAGAUGUGAAAGUGACACCCCAUGAUAUAACCAUCUACAACCAUCCUGGCGUUCAGGCUGAACUCCUCAUUAAAGAAGGCUCUGGGUACUUUUUCAUCAACACCAGCAUCACAAACAUUGUCAAAGUUUCUUACCAAGAAGCUCGAGGCAUUGCUAUGGUGUAUCCACUAUACCCAGGAAUGUUAACAGUGAUGAUUCAUGACUUGUGUUUGGCAUUCCCGUCACCUGCAAAGGCUGAAAUCCACGUAUCAGAUAUUCAGGAAUUAUAUGUCCGAGUUGUUGACAAGGUAGAGAUUGGGAAGACUGUGAAGGCAUAUGUCCGAGUGCUGGAUUUCUCCAAGAAGCCUUUUCUGGCCAAGUAUUUCUCCUUCAUGGACUUGAAACUCCGAGCAGCAUCCCAGAUUGUCAUGCUAGAGGCCCUUGAUGAAGCAUUCGAUGACUAUACUGCCACAUUUCUUGUCCAUGGGGCAGCCAUUGGGCAGACCAGUCUGACAGCAACUGUGACUGAUAAAGUCGGACAAAAAAUCAACUCUGCUCCACAGCAAAUUGAGGUCUUUCCUCCCUUCAGACUGAUACCAAGAAAAGUGACUUUGAUCAUUGGUGCAAUGAUGCAGAUCACUUCGGAGGGAGGUCCCCAACCUCAAUCCAACAUCAUUUUCUCCAUCAGUGAUGAGAGGAUUGCUUCAGUUAACAGCACGGGUCUGGUCAGGGGCCUCACCGUUGGCAAUGGGACAGUAUCAGGGCUUGUUCAAGCUGUUGAUGCAGAGACUGGAAAAGUUGUCGUAGUAUCUCAGGAUCGAGUAGAUGUGGAGGUGGUGUAUCUCAAGGCUGUGAGAAUUCGAGCUCCCAUCACAAGGAUGAAGACAGGGACCCAGAUGCCGGUCUAUGUCACAGGGAUUACCAACAACCAAAGCCCUUUCUCCUUUGGGAAUGCUAUACCGGGGCUGACUUUUCAUUGGUCUGUCACCAAGAGAGACAUCCUGGACAUCAGGGCGAGACAUAAUGAGGCUUCUCUCCGGCUCCCAUCCAAGUAUAACUUCGCUAUGAGUGUUUAUGGCCGAGUGAAGGGGAGAACUGGUUUGAAAGUUGUGGUCAAAGCCCUGGAUCCCUCAACAGGACAGCUCUAUGGCUUGGCAAGAGAGCUUUCAGACGAAAUCCAAAUCCAGGUAUUUGAAAAGCUUCUACUGCUUAAUCCUGAAAUAGAAGCCGAACAAAUAUUAAUGUCACCAAACUCAUUUAUAAAGCUUCAGACAAACAGGGAUGGAGUCGCAUCUCUGAGUUACCGCAUUCUGGAUGGAUUGGAAAAGGUUCCUGUUGUGUACAUCGAUGAGAAAGGCUUCCUGGUAUCUGGGUCACUGAUUGGGACAUCAACAAUUGAAGUGAUUUCACAAGAGCCAUUUGGAGUCAACCAGACCAUUAUUGUGGCUGUGAAGGUGUCUCCUGUUUCAUACCUGAGGAUUUCAGUGAGCCCCGUUCUGCAUGCCCAGAAUAAGGAGGUUUUGGCAGCUCUGCCUUUGGGAAUGACCUUGACCUUCACUGUGCAUUUUCAUGACAAUUCCGGGGAGAUUUUCCAUGCACAUAACUCCGUCCUCAACUUUGCAACUAACAGAGAUGACUUUGUCCAGAUAGGGAAGGGAACUGCCAACAAUACCUGCAUCAUCCGCACGGUCAAUGUUGGCCUGACUCUGCUCGCUGUCUGGGACAUGGAGCAUACUGGCCUGUCAGAUUAUGUGCCGCUGCCUGUCCAGCAGGUCAUCUCUCCAGAACUAACUGGGACCGUGGUAGUGGGUGAUGUCCUCUGUUUGAGCACCAUCCUGAUAAACCCAGAUGGUCUCUCGGGGACAUGGAGCUCUUCAGCCAACAGUAUUCUCCAGGUUGACCCCAAGACUGGCGUGGCUGUGGCCAGAGACUCCGGAGCUGUUACUAUUUAUUAUGAGGUUGCUGGACUUCUCAGAACAUAUAAGGAGAUCUGGAUUAGCAGCCCCCAAAGGAUUGUGGCCACCCAUGUCAGCGGAAUCCCAACCAACUUUCAGGGGAUCACUGCCUCCAAAGUGAUAGUUGUAACUGGAGAAAGAAGCACCAACCUGAGAGGGGAAUGCUCACCAGCCCAAAUGGAAACCAUUGUUGAACUUCACCCCGAAACCCUCAUCAGCUGUCAGCUCCAGUUCAACCAGGAAGUGUUCGAUUUUCCAGCAUAUGACAUUUUCACUACAGAACCUGGAUUUGAUGCAUCUCUAGGCCAGUACACCUGCUCCAUCAUGAUGCACAGGCUUACUGACAAGCAGCUCAAACACCUCAGCAUGAGGAAGACAGCUCUUGUGGUCACAGCUGCUCUCCAAGACAGCCACUUCUCUGGAGAGCAGAUCAGUGCCGAAGUGCCCUUCAACCCCGGGCUUUAUGCUGACCAAACAGAAAUCCUCUUAAGCAAUCACUAUAUGAGCUCAGAGGUGAAAAUAUUUGGAGCCAUGGAGAUUCUUGAGAAUCUUGAGGUGAAAUCUGGGUCACCAGCUGUGGUUGCCUUUGUGAAGGAGAAGUCCUUUGGGUUGCCAAGCUUUGUCACCUACACCAUCAGCAUCUCUGAUCCAAUGGUGCUCAGCCAGAGACCCUCAUCUACCACACUGACCAUCUCCAGCCCCAUGACAGACCAAUCCAUCACUCUCCCGGUCACCAUGGUCUAUAUGACUGACAGGCGAGGUGCUGGCCAGCAAGGAGCCAGCCUAUUCCAACAUUUCCUCGACUCCUAUCAAGUCAUGUUCUUCACGCUUUUUGCACUGCUGGCUGGGACAGCUAUUAUGAUCAUAGUUUACCAUGCAGUUUUCUCCCCCAAAGAACACAACACACACCCUGCCUUCACCCCGAGAACAAGCCCUUCACAUAGUCCUAACAGUAAGUAACUACUGGGUAAGUUUGGCAAAUGGAGCUGGGAAAGUAUGGCUGAUGCUUCCCCAACAGAAUGGCCACAAAGAAGACAAGCUACUUUCUCAGACAUCAUAACACCUUUCCCAUUGCUGUGCAGCUAAAAUCUGAUCUCAGCAACAUAUGCACCCACACACAUGCACAUGUUUAAGUACUUGCACAUUACUUGCAGUUGCAAGAGAAAGCUAGCACCUAUUUCCUCAAAUGGAUUGCUAAAUAUGGAUUCUGGCUUUGGAGCUAGAAGAGAGCUGAUGCAGAGCAUUAUGCUGGGUACUGGGAGACAUGCACAAGUUAGGUAAGACACAAUUGCUGCCCUCAUGGAACUUAGAGUCUACUGAAUCUACAUGGCGCCAA